CGCGCCCCAAAUCCUGGCGUGCCGGCCCCGGGAACGCUCCGGAUCCGACCCCAAAUCCCCUCCCCGGCCCCCCCUCCUGGCGCUGGAGGUCGGAGCCACCCCGGAGCAGCUUCUGGAGACCGGAUUUGUCACCGAGGGGUCAAUCCCGGCUCCGAGCCCUCGGCUCCUGCUCCGAAUCCCGGGAUGGAGCCUCUGGCUCCCGCUGCCCUCCUGGCCCUGCUGGUGCUGGCACUGGGACACCCCGACCCUGCGCUGGACCGGCACUGGGAGCUCUGGAAAAAAUCCUACGGCAAGGAAUAUCAUCCCCAGGAGGAUUUUCUCCGUCGCCUGACGUGGGAGAAGAACCUGUGGCUGGUGACCCUCCACAACCUGGAGCACUCCCUGGGCCUCCGCUCCUACACGCUGGGGAUGAACCACCUGGGGGACAUGACCAGCGAGGAGGUGGCGGCUUCGCUGACGGGGCUCCAGCUCCGUCCUCGUCCCCGUCGGAAUUCCGCAUUCCCAGCCCAAUCCCGGCCGCUCGGUGACGUCCCCGAGGCCCUGGACUGGCGGGACAAGGGCUGUGUGACCGAGGUGAAGAACCAGGGCGCCUGCGGAUCCUGCUGGGCCUUCAGCGCCGUGGGAGCGCUGGAAGCGCAGGUGAAGCUGAAAACCGGGAAUUUGGUGUCCCUGAGCGUCCAGAACCUGGUGGAUUGCUCCAGGAUGUACGGGAACAAGGGCUGUGCUGGGGGGUACAUGACAGAGGCGUUCCAGUACAUCAUCGACAACGGCGGCAUCGAGUCCGAGGAGUCCUAUCCCUACACGGCUCAGAACGGGACGUGCCACUACAACGCCUCCGCCCGCGCCGCCUCCUGCUCCCGGUUCGUGGAGCUGCCCGAGGGUGACGAGGCCGCGCUCAGGGACGCCGUGGCCACCGUGGGCCCCGUGGCCGUGGCCAUCGACGCCACCCGGCCCAGCUUCUUCCUCUACCGCUCCGGGGUGUUUGAUGACCCCCAGUGCUCGCAGGAGGUGAACCACGGGGUGCUGGUGGUGGGAUACGGCUCCCUGGAAAACAAGGAAUAUUGGCUGGUGAAGAACAGCUGGGGCGUGCAUUUCGGAGACGCGGGGUACAUCCGCAUGGCCCGCAACGCCUCCAACCUCUGCGGCAUCGCCAGCUACGCCUCCUACCCGCUCAUCUAGACCUGCUCGGGGCCUGCUCGGGGCCUGCUCGGGGCCUGCUCGGGGCCUGCUCCGGGCCUGCUCCGGGCCUGCUCCG